AUUGGGUAUGGAAGUGAAACUAGUGGUGCUCAUAUUCUGAAAUCGUUGGCUCGAACAGCAGCGCGUUUCGCAUGGCGCUUAAUCGUCCUUAGUGUUCGUUGAAGUAAACUAGUGGUGAACUAAAGUUUUCGUGGGUGCACUGAACUGCUACUGAACUUCACCUUCGCAGUUGUCGUUGUAUUUCAUUAUUUGGUGUUUAUUGUGAGAUCCGCUGAACAAAGGGCGCGACAAUGUCCGAAAGAAAAGUUCUCAACAAAUACUAUCCUCCGGACUUCGAUCCGUUGAAAAUACCGAGACUUCGGCUUCCUAAGGACAGACAGUACACGGUUCGUCUCAUGGCUCCUUGCAAUAUGAGGUGUAAAACGUGCGGCGAGUACAUCUACAAGGGGAAGAAGUUCAACGCACGGAAAGAAACUGUGCAGAAUGAAGAUUACCUGGGGAUCAAAGUGUUCCGUUUCUACAUAAAGUGCCCACGCUGCCUUGCUGAAAUAACUUUUAAGACAGAUCCUGCUAAUUCUGACUACAUCGUGGAGCACGGCGCCAGCAGGAACUUCCAGGCUCUCAAGCUGGCCGAAGAGGCGGCCGAGCGUGAAGCCAAGGAAGAGGAAGAGGAGGAAAAGAACAACCCAAUGAAGCUGCUGGAGAAACGGACAAAGGCAUCCAAGCAAGAGAUGGACCUGAUCGAGGCCCUUGAAGAUCUGAAGGACCUGAAUAAGCGGCAGGCGAACGUCAAUUUUGACGACAUGCUCGGACGCUAUGCUGCUGAGAGGGAAGCCAUGCUUCAGAAGCAAGAGGAAGAGGAUGAAAAAUUUAUUGCGUCCGUUUUUGGAAAAAAUGAAGGCGCCACAGUGAAAAGAAUUAUUGAAGACAGUGACGAAGACAGUGGGGAAGAAGUGUUGAAGAAGCCAAAAACAACUUAUGCAAAACCUACGGAUAUCCUAGCAGAGGACUACUGCACUCAGCCAGCGAAAACUACGAACCAAUCAACAGCUUGUGCUUCGUCUGUAAAAUCCAGCUCUUCAAAGACAGCACUUAUUGGUUUAGUGCGGCCAAAGGGGUCAAGUGCUUCAGGAGUUUGUGGGACUACACCCCAAGCCCCUAGUUCCUCCAGCGUGGCACAGUCGGCACCACCUUCAUCAACAGGGCUUAGUCUGUUGGGCACCUACUCUGCAAGUGACGAGAGCAGUUCAGACUGAUGGCAGCACGUAGCUGUAGUUUACAUGUUUUUAUUGCCAAGUGUUUCACAGUGUACAGUGGGAUCUCACCGUGAAUUCAUCUGCACGUGCUGAAUUGUCACUUUCACAUAUGUGCUGCUGAACUGGGAUGUCUUCAAAAGGACAUGCUUGUUUCGAUACAUUGUUUUAAUCUGGCUAAUCUUCAAUGAAACAUGACAUUGGGCUGGUUAAAGCUAAUAGUUUUAGCAUUAUAGUGUCAAGCGUCAUCAUGUAAAUGAAUCAACAGGCUGGCAGUUUUACUGUCCAUAUUGAAGGAAGAUGCAGUGAACAUGCAUAGCUAUGCUGGGAAUAUAGUAGUCAGGUGCUCUAGCCUCGUUAGAUAAACCCCUCACAGCCUCACAACAAAUGCAUACCUUCAAACCCCUCACAGCCUCACAACAAAUGCAUACCUUCCAAGUCUCCCAGAUUGGCCGGGAGACUCCCGGAUUUUGACUGCUUUUUCCGGUUUUACGGUUGUCAUGAAAAUUUCCCGGAAAUCAAAAAUUCUGUGCAUGAUCUGACUGCUUUGACAAAAAAGCAGCUCAAUCCGCUCCAGGCUUUUCAAACCUACCCCAUUUUAUUAUAAAUGAGCUUAAGAGGCGUUCAUAUAAACGUACAGCAUAAUCUCAAUGAUGCGAAACCGCGGCAGACACGAAAUUUUGAAAUUCCCCUGCCAAAUUUCGCUAUGCUCAUUGGGCCUCAAACCAAAUGUUCCGAACACAUUUCCUAAUCGCGGCAAGUGAUACGAACUUUAAUAUGGAAACUGUUGAACGAACGUUGAGAGCA